CGCGAGGCGACGCGUAGCGCGGUAGCGGGCCUUGUUGGAAGCCGCUGCGCCCGCGCCGCCCCGCGGAUCCAGCAGGGGCGCGCCCGGCGGAUGCCCGCAGCCGGCCGCAGAUGGUGACGGUGUCCGCCCCCGCCACGCCGCCGCCGCCAGCAGGAGCAGCAGGCCUCGCCGCCGCCGCCGCCGCCGCCACGCCGCCGCAGCCGGGCUCAUGGGGCCCCUGGGGCCACCGCCUGCGGGCACUCAAUAGCACGAGGGUGCACAGGAUGUGGCUGCUCAUGUGCGCGGCGGCGCUGCUGGUGCUGGCGCAGUACCGCGUCUCCACGCUGCUGGCGGCCGUGCCCGCGGCCGUCCCGCCCGCGCUGCCCGCGGUCCGCGCCGUCGACGCGCCGCCAAACGAGCCGCCCAUCACGCCGGCGCCCUCGCCGUCCGCCGUCACCCUGGACGCCCUGGAGGAGGCCGUGCGGCUGUCCGUCGAGCGGCUGGCGCAGAACGACGACAUGGCGGCCAGCCUGGGCGCGCGGCUGCUGCGCGAGGUCGCCUCGCACCUGCAGCUGCACGCACCCACCGCGCCGCCCGCCAGCUGUAGCCAGUGUGCCGACGCGGACGUGCUCCCGGGGAGAGCGGCGCCGCGGCGAGGGCUGCACCCGCUGUACGUCAUCACGCCGACGUACCGCCGGCCGGAGCAGCUCGCCGAGCUCACCAGGAUGGCGCAGACAUUGCUGCUGGUGCGCAACGUCCAGUGGCUGGUCAUCGAGGACGCGAAGGUACCCUCCAAGCACGUGGAGCAGCUGCUCAAGCGUUCCGGGCUGCUGUACCAGCACCUUACCGCUGCCAUGCCGGAGCAGUACAGGAAGCGGCGCGGCGCCAAGCCCAAGGGGGUCGCUCAGCGGAACAGGGGGCUGCAGUGGCUGCGCGCCAACGCCUCCGUCGGCGUCUUCUACUUCGCCGACGACGACAACACGUACGACGUCGCCAUCUUCGACGAGAUUCGGAGCACGAAGCGAGUCUCCAUGUUCCCGGUGGGGCUGUGCACCAAGUUCGGCCUGUCCACCCCGGUCGUGUCCUCGACGGGGGCCUUCAUGGGCUUCUACGACGGCUGGCUGGGAGGUCGCAAGUUCCCGGUCGACAUGGCGGGCUUCGCCGUGAGCGUCAAAUUCCUUCACAUGCGCCCCAAGGCGAUCAUGCCGUACGUCCCUGGCUUCGAGGAGGACGGCUUCCUACGCAGUCUCGCGCCCCUCGAGCCCAAGGAGAUCGAGCUCAAGGCCGACAACUGCACCAAGGUGCUGGUGUGGCACACCCAGGCCAAGGCCAACGCGCCGUCGCCACCCCUUGACAUGGUCAAGUACAACCAGACGAACCUCGCCGUGCUCAAGACCAUCAUCGUCUGAUCGCCCCCCCCCCCUCUCCCUUCUCCUUCUCCCCUCCUCAUCUGCUCCUCGCGCCAUCCUAGACACUCCUUCAAGUAGACUGCCUGUAGUACCUUACAGUAUCUUACAGUACCUUACACACCCUCUUCGCUCUUGCCCGACUAAAGGGUGGGGCGCCUGCAUAGGGGUACAAGCCACGGAGCGCAAAAAAAUGCAACGAGAGAGCAGACGUGAGGGAAGGCCCUCUUCUCCGGGGGCGCACGACUGAGACAAUCAACCUUCGAGCGGUGGGGCGAGAGCCUCUGCCGUGAAUAGACCAUAACGUGUAUCUUUCGGGAUCUUUUGCUCACGUCCUGUCAGAUUUUGUAAGCUGUAAACUAAACACCGAGUCAUAUCCUGCCUGGGUCGGGCGCCAUUGCGACGGGUCACGGUCACUUGACUUACCGGACCGAGCUCGGUCAGGGAAGAGGGGCCUCUUCCCAAACCUGACUGCAUAUUUAUGAUAUUGAGCACUUUUCCUGCUUUGCUUCGAUGUGAUAUCAACGAAUAUCAAGCCCAAGUUUUGCUCACUGUGCUCAAGAUUCUAGAGCUGGACGCGACAGCUUGAGUUUAGCUAGGCACCAUUUCACUAAUAGUAAAAUGGAGUAGGCGAAUGUUGUUGUGCCCAAGGAGAACAGGAUAGUCACAGGUAUUUACAUCAAAAUGACGUCAUUUAGCCACCAUUUAGUCACUAUUUUGGCUUGAGGGAUGUCAUUAGAGACGUCAUUGACAUCAAAAUGUCUUAAAAGUAACCAACUCGGACCAACUUGUUCUCCUUGGGUGAUUAUCCACGAAAACUUUUCGUAGGCCUAUGUGCUUAAACGAAUUGACCUUUGAAGAACAACGCACAUUAACCACUUUACUAUGAUGAAGUAGUACUUAAUCAGUAACUUUUCUGUUUAACUUUAUCCAUGAGAGGAAUGUUGACAAUGCACAAUCAUUUGUGAUUUCUAAAUUUAUAUAGUGAUAAUGAUCUGUUGAAUGAGAUAUUUUGACCAUGAGGCGAAUGACAAAAAAGCAGUCCUCUGACAAAUGUCGUGUCUACGUCGGAUAGAUGUCGAAAUGGUGUCGCCUAAGUAGGCGUCACGAAUGUCCGUCGUCUACGUCGAAAGCUUCUCUUUUGGGGCUCCUCACUUCCGGUAAUGGUCAUGGUCAAAGUACCCGAUUUAAAGAAGAAAGCUUCUCUGUGAUGCUAGUAAUAUAAAAUCUGUACUGUAAUCUUCUUGCUCAGUCUUUCUUCUUAAAAGCAGACCUUAGGUAUCACACAAUAAUGUAAACAUAUUCAUGACACAACUUUUUGCGGCUGCUGAAAAUUCAGCAUUCCACAGGUGAAUUUUCUUAUCGUGCUGCCGUUCUGCCAUUAACUCUUUGGUGAUAUUCUAAUCGGAGAGUUCACAACCUGUAACUUAACUUCGAGCUUACUCUACCUUACUUCUUAUUUACUCUUAAGUUUAGACUAACGAAACGAACUGAUAUUUAUAAUUAAAUAACGACUUGUUUUUUCUGCAAAUAAAACUGUAAACACUGUA